UUAAUAUUGCUUUUAAUUAUGCAACUCUCUUCCAGAUGCGUGUUGCACCUCCUCCAGAUCACUGAGGAGAUCCAGAUGGAAGCUCUGGACCAAACUUCAAAACAUGCAACUUCUGGUCCGUUGAAGCAGAAACACAACAGGCCCCCGUGACAGAAUAACAAAAGUCAGCCCUUAAGUAACAAUAGCGAACAACUAAGACAUGUUUGUACCAUAGUGGCCGUUGGUGUUAAAUGACAAAGAUAUGUUCAAUCCAACCAGAUGUCAGAACACAGUAACGCACACACGCAUGAGACAGAUGAGGCCGUCCAGUAAUUUAUUGGUAACCAACAAACAUGUGGAACUCAGGUCAUGCUUGUCUGAAGGCUAAGAAACGCACGCCAUUCAUAUUCUUUACAGGGUUUCAAAAGCAACACAAACGUCUGUUAGACAUCUGCAACAUAUUUGUUCUCUCUGAGAUGUCUUCACUCAACUCUGUGACUCAGUGUGAAACACAACAGUCUGGCUGACGCUCGGAGCUGUGCGGAGCUCUCUGUGUUGCUGCACGGAAGCAGAUUCUGUACGGUGGAUUUAAAAAUCUCAAAAAUGAUGGAAGCCAGAGGAUUUUGGGUGGUGUUCUGCCUUCUCCUGGUGGCACACAGCUCACUUCAGCAGAGAAGAAAAAAGAAGGAAACCAAUGCUUCAACCAAUGCUGCCAUUGAGGAGUUAAAGAAACAAAUUGAUGACAUUGCUCAGGACGUGAUCCUGUUAAAAGAGAAGCAGGCUUUACAAACAGUUUGUCUGAAAGGAAUAAAGGUCCUCGGCAAGUGUUUCCUGGCUGAUCCAGUGAAGAAGCCCUUCCACACAGCCAGCGAAGACUGCAUCGCUAAAGGAGGCAGCCUGUGCACUCCUCUGACGGGGGACGAGAACGACCAGCUCCACAGCUACGUACGCCAGAGCAUCGGCCAGGAGGAGCACAUCUGGCUGGGCAUCAACGACAUGGUGUCCGAAGGCAUUUGGGUGGACCAGUCGGAAUCCAAAGUGCGCUUCAAGAACUGGGAGAUGGACAUCACCCUGCAGCCAGACGGGGGGCGGAGCCAGAACUGCGCCAUCCUCUCCGUCACAGCCAACGGAAAGUGGUUUGAUGAGAACUGCAGAGCCGAGAGGGCCUCUGUGUGCGAGUUCAACAUCGUCUGAGAGCCUCCUCCUCCUCCUCCUCCGACACAAUCACUUGCAUGAACACGAGCUCUGCUCCGCUUGCUGAGAAGCGCAAAGCAUUUGGAAGCUGAAAGGUACACUUAUGCAAUGCCCUGAAAAUGAUGCAUCCUUCUUCAGCUCACCUUUUCUUGAGCAAGCCUUCCUGAUGUCAUUUCAGAUUAGAAACUAUUCCACAAUGGGGUCUGGGACAUCGUUUCCUUCCAGCUAAACUUAUACAGUCAAUAAAUAAUAAUAAUAAUAAUAAUAAAUAUGUGUCCUCAUACAGCAUUGCAUUCAUAAAGGUAAACACUGGAUGGCUUGUUCUUUUUGUUUUUAAUCUGAUAAUCACUGUCAUGAACCACCCCUUUUUUUUAUAACUGAAGAACAACCAAGAAUAACUUUUCUGUAGCAUCCUCUUUAUUUCUGAUUGUGAAUGUCACGUCAUGCUGCUUCAUUUUUACUUCUAUGAUGUUAAUAAACCAAGUCUCCUUAUGUAA